CAAGGAGAGAUUUAUAAUCAACGUCCUCCCAUUAUAUUUUUAGCAAGUACAAGUAAUGAAAGCGUGAGAAGACGUUUAUUGGAAACGGAAAAUAAUCGGUAUAGGGAGCAAAAUACAAUAGAUGACAGCGAUUCAAAUGAAGACGAAAUUGUUGCAGUACAGUUAAAUAAUAAGCAAGUGAAAAGAAAACGGUUAAAGGAUGCUUUGAACUUUGAAGAUUCUUAUGAUAUUCAUAAGCGUUAUGAUAAAAUAUCAAAUACAAGAAUAUACUUAGGAGAAAACAUAUCGGUUGGUCAACUGUCUUGGGAAAUGACAAAACUGCGUAAAAAGCCUUCUUUGUUUUUGCAUGAUGUAUUGCUUUACAUUUGGCCAUACAAUAUUCUUAAAAAUAGAUGCCUUGACGAAAACAGAACGUAUUAUAAGCCAUCUAGUGGCACAGUUAAAGAACUUAGUCCGCGGAAACUAUCUUUAGCAUUAAGUUUGUAUAAUGACUACCUGAUUGAGUUGAAUAUGAAUGAUACAAUAAGAUUUAAACAUUUGAAUGAUUCGUUCAAAAUUAUUACAAUAAAAAUAAGAGACGUCAGAAAGAAAUAUGCAUACGAAUCAGAGGGAGAACAAUAUGAAAGAAAAGUUGAAACGGACAAUUAAAAUAGAUGUAAGUAUUAUAUGUUAUUGGUAAUGUGCUUUUCAACAUAAUGUUGAAAAAGACGGUAACAUAACAAAACUGUACUGUAACUGUUGUAACAUAUUCAUUAUAUAACGUCUUAUUUUCAGGUGAUAUAGCAGCAACAAAAUGUGUUGACGACUGGGUGGUCGCUCCAACGAAACGGGAGUUAUACUUCUUAUUUUAUUUAUCUCUUAGAAGUCACACAUUUUUUUUCGAACGAAUCAG